AUGAGUGUCACUUUUGAGGUUUUCCGCGGCUCCAAGGAGGGCAAGAUUGUGGCUGACAAGACCACCCGCACCCUCCAGCCUAACGAGGUCUACAUUGAGACAACACAUUCAGGUCUCUGCGGCACAGAUGAGCACUACCUCACUUCCGGCAUGGCUCUUGGCCAUGAGGGUGUCGGCAUUGUUCGCCAGCUCGGCCGGGACGUUACCAACGUGAAGGUUGGAGCGCGCGUUGGAUACGGAUACACACACUACGUGUGUAAAAACUGUGACAAGUGCUUAACAGGCUGGGACCAAUAUUGCGAGAAUAAGAAGGAAUACGGCUCACACGACCACGACCUGGGCUCGUUCAGCGGCGGCACCGUUUGGGACGCCGGAUGCGUCGUCCCUAUCCCAGACGGCUAUGAGUCUGCGGAUGCCGCGCCCCUGAUGUGCGCCGGCGCCACCGUUUGGACUUGCCUGACGGAGUAUGGCGUUAAGUCGACAGACCGGGUUGCUAUCAUGGGUAUCGGUGGUCUGGGUCACCUGGCUAUCAAGCUCGCCUCGGCAAUGGGCUGCCAUGUCGUUGUUUUGUCCAGCUCGGAGGCGAAGCGCGAGGAGGCCUUCAGUUUCGGCGCGUCGGAAUAUCACGUCUUCCGCAAGGGUGAGGAAAUUAAGGACUUCAAGCCUGUAAACCACCUGCUUCUCUGCGGCAGUGCCAAUGUCGACUACCCAAGUCUCAUCCCGCUCAUGGAUGUGCAUGGCUCGAUCUAUCCCCUGACUGUCGACUUUGCUCCCUCGCCCGUUCCCCUUCUGUUCAUGAAUAUCAAGGGCAUCCGUAUCCAGGGUUCGCUUGUUGCAUCGCGCCGCAGUCUGCGUACAUUGCUUGAGUUUGCUGCCGCUAAGAAAAUCACCCCGACUUCCAUGACCUUCCCCUUGACCAAGGAUGGUGUUGAGGCUGCUAUGCAGACUCUACGUGAUGGAAAGAUGAGGUACCGCGGUGUUCUGGUUCGGGAAUAA